GGAAAAUAAAGAAUGAUGAAGCCCAAGUGCUGAAAACCCUAGUUAUAUAAUAUGAAUCGUUAUUCUCUGCGCCUCUCACUCUGCAGGAACCCUAGUAACAAAAUCGAAAUCGAAAUCGAAAUUCUCUGUUGCUUCCAGCAAAUAUGAAGGUCAUCGCUGCGUAUUUGCUGGCCGUAUUGGGAGGAAAUUCAUCCCCUUCAGCUGAUAAUCUCAAGAACAUCCUAGGCGCAGUUGGAAUUGAGGCUGAGGAUGAGAAGAUUGAGUUUCUUUUAACUGAAGUCAAGGGCAAAGAUAUUGCGGAGGUAAUUGCUAGUGGUAGAGAGAAGUUGGCUUCAGUACCUUCUGGUGGUGGUGGUGCUGUUGCUGUUGCUGCUGCACCUGCAGGAGGUGCUGCAGCUGGUGGCGCUGCACCUGCUGCUGAGGCAAAGGAGGAAAAGAAGGUAGAAGAGAAGGAAGAGUCUGACGAUGACAUGGGUUUUAGUUUAUUUGACUAAAAGGUCUGAAGUGCUUCUUUUUGCAGUUCCAGUUAGAGUUUUAGUUGAGUCACAAGGUUUUGUUACUUGAGUUACAUUUUGUAUUAGGCUUUAUGGGUUUUGCUUUAUCAAUUGAUCCAAGGUAAUGGCAUCAAACUGUCUGAUAUUAUUUAGCCAUGUUUUGAAUGUAAUUUGCUUGACCUAUUGGUUAGUUAAUUUUCUGCAUUUCAUUGUUA